AUGAGCUGCCAGGCAAUACCCACACUCCAGCAGCUGUCACUGCAGGAGCUGCUCAGUGAUGAAGACUUGGCUGUCUCCACUCUGGAGGGCAUGCCCACAGAGCUCUUCCCACUGGUGUUCAAGGAGGCCUUCAUUAAGAGACGCAGAAGGAUCCUGAAGUCCAUGGUAGCAUCCUGGCCCUACCCCUGCCUCCCUAUUGGUGCCCUGAUGAAGAGCUUCCAUGUUGAUAACUUCCAUGCUGUGCUGGAUGGAGUGGAUUUGCUGAGUCAACAGAAGGUUCAGCCUAAGAGGGGGAAACUUGAAGUGCUGGAUUUGCAGGACGCCCACCAUGACUUCUGGGAAGGAACAGCUGGAAAGAAGGAUGAUGUUAGCUCUCCCCAGAUCAAGCCAGGGGAGAAAGAUCCCACAACCGGGGUGAAUCAGCCUUUGAAGGUGGUUAUUGAAUAUACCUUCAAGUCUUCACGUCUCAAUUCUUACAAUGAAUACUUCAUGCGGUGGCUCUUGCAGAGACGACAAAGCCGGCCUCCUUUUUGA